UGUUUCCAACAUGGCGCAUGUCGGGACGUAGAAUGUGUUUUGGGAUAUAACAUCACGGAUUAUCGUAGCAUUUGGACUACAUGAAAGCUAUUUGGUUCAUUUAAAGUAAACACUGUACUGUCCUUCCCGUUUUACCCAGCUAGUUAAUCGUUUCCACGAAGGAACCGGGAGAUGUAUCGUCGCGGAGCCGCAAAGAAGGACCACAACAACAAAUCAGUGAAGAAGGAUGUCAGUGACAGUGAUAAAUACGCCGACCUCUUGGUGUUCGGCUAUGCCUGCAAACUGUUUCCAGACGACGAAAGGGCUCUUUACCACGAACAUGGAAAACAUCUUAUUCCAUGGAUGGGGGACAAGAGCAUCAUGAUUGAUAGGUCGGUUGAACAAACUUAGACCGAAACAUUAUGCUAACCAUCUAUGCUGUCCGUUAGCCUGUUUCACAAUUCAAGGGACCACUUGGAGUCUGUCUUGCAGAAGCUGGAAAUACCUGCAACUGGCGAUUAAUGUUUUAUUUCCUGCUUGCUACUUUGUUAUUGGAUGUCCUGAACUGUUCAAAAUUAUAUCUGAAGUUACUACAAUAACAUGUGAAGAUGCAAAUCCCUGCCACUGUUGGCUAACAUUAGCUGUGAUGCUGAACUAAUAAUACACAACCAGUUGCCCGAUGUAUUAGUCACACCAGCUUCAAUUACUGCAAUUUAUAACUGGCAAUGGUGUGCAAAAACAAAUAUAUUUCAAUCUCGUAACCUUUACAGACAAUAUUGUUACCAUUUAUACAAACAAGGCUUAGCUAGUUAACAGUACAGUAAAACAGUGUGAACAUAAAGAUAUCAUUGUAACCAUAAUGAAGUGUUUGCAGAGCUAUUUACUUUACUGCAUUAGUUUGGACUAUGUAGGUCCUAAACUGGCAAUGGUGUGUAUUUUUGAGACAAAAACAAAGAUAUUUCAAUCUCAUAACCUUUACAGACAACAUUGUUAGCAUUUAGCAGGACUUUGCAUUUUGACAUGUUUGGGAGAACUUUCUUUGGAAACGUUAACUUUAGGCAUACAUACUAGCUAUCAAUAUGGAUUAUAAAACAAAACAAAAUGUUUCUCUCUCUGUCCUUUUUUAAAUUGAGUUUUGCAGAAAUUGCUUUACAUAAAAGCACACAACCUGGGUUUUUAUUUUGCGUUUCCUAUAUCCACAAGGCCAGAGCAAAUUCUAACCAAGAGUAAAGUUGCAGCAGUUAAGGUGAUUCAAAAUAUCACAAUGCCUAUGUAAAACAUCAGGAUUUAACUAUCCAACAAAAGGUUUAAAAGUGCUUACAGCCUAUGUUGCUGCAGGCUAUGUAUCAAUGUCUUGUUGCCAUCUCCAUUCAGCACAAGUAUUUCAUUCAUCUGAACUUAAAUUAGUGCAUUCAUUCUUUGAAUCACCUCGAUCUGCAGUGGCCCAACUUGUGUUUCAUUUGUACAGCCUUUGUAUGUGUGUCUUUAUCACAUAACCCAGUUUUUUCCCCAGCAAGGUAAGCUAAGGGGUCCUGCCAAACCCUGAAAGCCAACUACAGCACCCCGUUUCUUUGUCUUCAUGAAGAAACUGCAACUGAGAAGUGGCGUAGAGGGACGAACCCUGGAAAAUGUCGUCCAUUUGGGUUCUUACGGAUAGAUACGAUGGGCGUGGUCAUUUACACGACCUUUCAGAGUAUGACAGCGGGUCAUGGAAUACAUCCUACCAGCUGUCGGAGGAGGAGGCCAGGAUCGAGGCGCUGUGCGAUGAGGAGAGGUACCUGGCCCUGCACACUGACCUGCUGGAGGAGGAGGCCAGACAAGAGGAGGAGUACAAACGUCUGAGUGAGGCUCUGGCGGAUGAAGGCACCUACACAGCUGUGGCCUUCAAAUACAGUGCUGACUACUACGACCCUUCUCAGCCCACCGAGGAGGAGGAGGCUAACCGAGAAGCAGAAGAAGCAGAGGCUGAGGACAGUGAGGAGCCGUUCAUUGCUCCCCCAGGGCUCACUAUCCCUCCCGAUGUAGAGCUGCCUGCAACCAUUAAGACCCACAACAUCAUCGAGAGGACGGCCAACUUUGUAUCUCAGCAGGGGGCUCAGUUUGAAAUAGUCCUGAAGGCCAAGCAGUCCGGUAACUCGCAGUUUGACUUUCUCCGCUUUGACCAUUACCUGAACCCGUAUUAUAAACACAUCCUGCGGGCCAUGAAGGAAGGCCGAUACAACCUCGCCUCCAAGAAGCAGGAGCAGUCGCAGGAAUCCAAUUCUGAUUCAGAUGAUGAUGGGGAUGGCAGUUACCUCCAUCCCAGCCUGUUCGCCCCUAAAAGGUGCUCCCGCCUGGAGGAGCUUGUGAAGCCUCUACAAGUAAUGGACCCAGACCAUCCUCUGGCAGCACUUGUCCGAAAAGCAAGAGCAGAGAGGAAUGGCACAGAACCGCCAGUGGAGACCAAACCGGAGGAAGUGCCAGAACCAGUUGCACCAAGCGCACCAGCACAGUACACUGCUGACCCAAUGUACUAUGGGUACUACAUGCUCCCCGACGGAACGUUCUGCCUGGCCCCGCCUCCCCCAGGUAUAGAUGCCAGCUCCUACUAUAACAGCAUACCCUCAGCUGUCAUGGCUCCCCCUACGUCUUCGGAGGCUUUGCCUAAUCUGGGAACUACACCCACCCAUCCUGAAAGUGUCGCAAUGGCACCACCUGCUACAGCCCCCUCGCAGGUCACCAGCUCUGCGGCUCCUGCUGUUGUACCAGAAAUCAGUUCUAAACCUGAAGCUCAAGUUUCCACACCAGCACCACAAGCCAUCAUCCCCCCACCACCCGACACCCAGCCAGUCAUAGACAAGCUGGCCGAGUACGUCGCUAGGAACGGUGUUAAGUUUGAGGCCAGUGUCCGUGCCAAGAAUGAUCCACGGUUUGACUUUCUGCAGCCUUGGAAUCAGUACAACCCCUAUUACGAGUUUAAGAAGAAUUACUUCAUGCAGAGGGAAGGAAGAAGCGUCCAAGAGAGUGAGGCAGCAGAUGAGGACGAUGAUAAGUCCGACACCCAGGACUCCAAGCUGACAAAAGCGUCUUUUGCCCCGAUCUGUUUUGCCAUCAAAGCAAAGGAGAAUGACAUGCUGCCGCUGGAGAAGAACAGAGUCCGAUUGGACGACGACUCAGAUGAGGACAAGUUACUGGAGGAGCAGGGCCUGAAAGAUGUCAUGGGGGGCGCUGAUAUGUUUGAAAAGGAGCUCGCUUCAAUCAGUGCACCAGAAGAGAAGAGACCAUCCCUCAGUUUGGAGGAGCUGGAGGCCAAACAAGCUAAGCAGAAAUUGGAGGACCGUCUAGCAGCGGCAGCCAGGGAGAAGCUGGCCCAGGCAUCUAAGGAGUCCAAGGAGAAACAGCUACAGGCGGAGAGGAAGAGGAAGGCAGCGCUCUUCCUACAGACCCUCCGCGGCCCCUACGCUGGGGAGCCUGAGGCCAAGAGAGCUGAGCUAGAUGCAACUGCACAGCUUCAGAUGCAGGAAGCCCUCUCUGUCCUGUCUGGCCCCGUGCCUCCGCAAAUGUCCUCAAGUGCCCCUGCGUACGCUCAGGAUCAAAGACCCGCUGUUGAGAACAAAGGAGCGUAUCACAGCAGGGACGCUCCAUCUUCCUCCUCCUCCUCCCACUCCACCUCUAGAGGGGCAGCAAGAGACCGGGACAGAGACCGAGACAAAGACAGGGACAGAGAACGAGACAGAGAAAGAGACAGGGAGAGGGAGAGGGAGAGGGAGAGAGAGAGAGAGAGGGAGAGGGAUAGAGAGAGGGAUAGAGAGAGGGAUAGAGACAGGAACAAAGGGAGGGACAAAGACAAGAAGAAGAAAAAACACAAGAGGAGGUCGAGAUCGAGAUCGAAGUCAAAGUCGAAGAGUAAAUACUCCCUCCCCAGUGCCUACAGGAGAUCCCGCCGAUCACGAUCCCGCUCACACUCCCCGGGGAGGAGGGACAGGAGGGGCGCCUCAUCAGAGAGGAGACGUGAGGAGAGGGGGCGUGAUCGCCAUCAUCCUAGCAGCAGCUCCAGCAUGCCCAGGGGGCAUUCGAGAUCCAGGUCGCCUCCUGAAAAAAGGAAGAGCUCCUUGUCAUCCUCAAGACAGAUACAAACGGUGGGCUCCUCUCUCUCCCCGUACUCCUCGCCCAGCAGAGUUGUCCUUUCCCCAUCAGUUAGCCCCGCCUCCAGCCUGGCCCACUCCAGGGGUGGUUCUCUGGAGAAAGACAAAGCAGUGGCUUCAUCCAUAGUAUCGUCCGUUCAGUCCAAAAUAACUCAGGAUCUGAUGGCCAAAGUGCGAGCCAUGCUUGCCACCUCCAAGACCUUCCAGCCUCCCACUUCCUAAAGAGGGAGGGGCUGUCCACUGGCUACAACAACCUCGGCCGAUCAACGAAUAGCAUUCUCCGAUUGCCUGGAGAUUUAUGAAAGCCGGGAUCUCUCUGAAUUCAUCCUUGAUUUUUGAUUUUAUUUCUGUUUGAGCACCAGUGUGGCUUGUAUUAUGCAGUAUUGUAAAAUGGAUGUUAGGGCACUCAUUGGGACGAUACGUGAUGUCACACCUGAUUCAAGAAAGUGUUGGUGCAAAAAUAAUCCAUUUGUUGCGUCCUGUUUUAAAGUCUCUCACACGGCGACAUGGCAGCAACUAGAGAGCGCUGCUGGAGGUCUGAAUUAUUUUCCUUCUAUGAAGGGUUGUGUUGUUUUGAUAAUUCAAUUGUGUCCUCCAUCAUCUACUUUUUCCCUGCAGUUGUUUUCCCUGUUAUUCCUCCCCCCAGCUGUCUUUCCUCUCUGGCACUUCACACGUCUGCUUGAGAAGCCCUUUUAAUUUUCUACUCUGUCCUUCAGCUCUAGUGUGUGGCCUUCUUCUAUUCCUGGUUUGUACUGCAAUGGGAUGAAAUGCAGAACAACUUUCUAAUCAAAACUGUCAAUAAAGUUUCAAUUAUGAUUUA